AAAAAAAAAAAAAAAAAAAUACAGAGCCAGAUACACUCUUUUCCAUUUCUCUUUUCAUUUUUUUUUUAUUACACUCGAAGAAAAUACAGACAGAGUGCGAAGGUGAAAUUCUAGAGGGAGAGAUACGAAGGAAAAACAACAGAUUGAUAGAGAGAGAAAUACGCCUGCUUGGUUUCUUGCUGCUGCUUCUUCUUGUUUCUUUAUUUUUACCAAUCUUUCUUUGCCAUUUCCGCCAUCAAAAUCAACAAAAGGUUAAAAUCGAAAGAAUUAUAAGCUGCCGCUUCUUCCAUUUUGCUCGAAAUGACCGUUCUAAGCUAACAAAGAUUUUUAAGGGGUUUCAUUUGAUUUAUUGAUUGGGGUUUGGUAAAAAGUGAACUGGGUUAAUCUUCAAUUGGGGUUUUCCAGUGAUAAUUAGAGGGUUUUGGAGUGAUAAAUAGAGGAUUUUUGAGGGGCCAUUACAGAAAUAUAGAUUAGUAGAUUUUGUUUAAGCUAAAAUAAAAAUGGGUGAUACUGAAGAAGCUAGUAGUGAAAUGAUGCAAAGGCUUCAAUCUUCAUUUGGGACAACACAGUCAUCAUCUUCAAUGCCUAAACAACCCUUUUCAUCGCUUAGCCAACUUGAUAUUCCCCAAUUGAACCAGACCCAAAUGCGUGCUAGGCAUUUUGCACACUUUGCACAGAAUUUUAGCAGUGAUAGUAGCAAAAGAGUAGGAAUACCACCUUCCCAUCCCAAUCAGAUCCCACCCAUUUCGCCUUAUUCCCAGAUCCCGGUGUCUAGGCCAGCAAACCAGCAACUGGGUUCUCAGAACUUUAGCCCAGGACCCACCCAUUCACGAUCUUUAUCACAACCAUCAUCAUUUUUCUCUCUUGAUGCACUGCCACCCUUAAGCCCAGCUCCUUUUCGUGAUUCAUCUUCAACUUCUGGGUCGGACCCAGUAUCAAAUGAUGUGUCUAUGGAAGAAAGGGAUGCAAAUUCUAAUUCUCUAUUGCCACCCUCACCCUUCAAUAGGGGUAAUACGUCUCGAGUUGGUGAGAGCUUGCCUCCACGAAAGGCGCAUAGGAGGUCUAAUAGUGAUAUUCCAUUUGGGUUUUCUAAUGUGAUGCAAUCUUCCCCACCACUUAUUCCAUUGAGGGGUUCUGGUGUUCUGGAGCGGUCAGUGUCUGGGAAGGAGAAUUCAGGGGUGGCUAAGCCAGCUCAGUUGGUGAAAAGGGAAUGGGAGAGAGGUAGUGAUAACAGUGUGGAGGGGAUGGGUGAGAGAAAAUCCGAAGGUGAAGUUGUGGAUGAUUUAUUUUCUGCAUACAUGAAUCUGGAUAAUAUUGAUGCACUGAACUCCUCUGGAACUGAUGAUAAGAAUGGUAAUGAAAAUCGUGAGGAUUUGGAUAGUAGAGCUAGUGGGACAAAGACUAAUGGAGGUGAUAGCAGUGAUAAUGAGGCAGAGAGCAGCGUGAAUGAAAGUGGCAGUAGCUUGCCAAGGGCAGGAUUGAGUUCUUCAACAGACAAAAGGGAGGGUAUCAAAAGGUCUGCUGGAGGUGAUAUUGCUCCAACUACCAGACACUACAGAAGUGUUUCGAUGGAUAGUUUCAUGGGCAAGUUGAACUUUGGUGAUGAGUCUCCAAAGUUGCCACCUUCACCAGGAACACGCCCAGGACAAUUAUCUCCUAGCAAUUCCAUUGAUGGGAAUGCGUUUAGCUUGGAGUUUGGGAAUGGUGAGUUCAGUGGUGCUGAGCUGAAGAAAAUUAUGGCAAAUGAGAAACUUGCUGAGAUUGCAUUAACUGAUCCUAAGCGUGCAAAAAGGAUUUUGGCAAAUCGUCAAUCAGCUGCCCGAUCCAAGGAAAGGAAGAUGAGGUAUAUUUCAGAAUUAGAACAUAAGGUUCAGACUCUGCAGACAGAAGCUACCACCCUGUCUGCUCAGCUCACACUGUUGCAGAGAGAUUCUGUUGGGCUGACAAACCAGAAUAAUGAGUUGAAGUUUCGUCUCCAAGCAAUGGAGCAACAGGCACAACUGCGAGAUGCUCUGAAUGAAGCACUUACUGCUGAAGUCCGACGAUUGAAGCUCGCAACUGCAGAGCUUGGUGGGGAUUCUGAUCCAACCAAGGGCAUGGUUCAGCAUCUUUCCAUAAACCCUUCAAUGUUCCAGCUGCAGCAACAACAGCCUUCUCAACUCAAUAUACAUCAACUACAGCAGCAACAGCAACAAUCACCCUCCCAAAUUAAUAUUCACCAGCUGCAGCAGCAGCAGCAGCAGCACCAGCCACAGCCACAACAACAGAAUGGAAGUUCAACCUCAAAUGGCGAGUCCAAUCAAUAGGUUGCUAAGAGGAUAAGAUGGCUGCUUGCUGCUUAUUUAUAUUUAUAUAUAUCUCAUAUAAUUCCUGUGCUUCAUAUUUGUUUCUUCAGUGCAUUCAUUCAUUAGUUUUCCAGCUUCUUCUUCUACAAGUCCUUCUGUUGUUGUAGUUACAAAUUUGAACUGCAUUGCAUAUCCAACUCGGAUCACCAUUCAAAGUAAAAUACAUAAGUUGUCUAUGAUCAUAGCCUUUAUUCAUUUCUAGUAGAUAUACACAUCAUAUUGAGAACAUUUGUUAGACCUGAUGUUUUGUUGAGAUGCUAGAAGGGUUGAAUUGGAACUCUUCUUUGUUUAUUUCAGUGAUGGAAUUUGCUUGUGUAUUUGCUUA